AUGGAAGCCAUUCGGGCCUCUGGACACAAGAAAAGGUGGGGCCGAGAAACAGAGUUCUUGGAAGGUGGGGCAGAAAUGAGCCAGGAGGAUCGAAAACAGUCACGCUCGUCGAAGAAGGCCGAAGAAGGCCGUCAGGCGGAAAGCCAGGCGACAGCGCAAUCCAUGCUUGAUGGCGCCGUCGAUCGUCAGGCGGAAGCGGCCCAGAAGCUGGUGUCCAAGCUCAAUCCGGGUCUCGGGAACAAGUACGAGACGGCCAAGAUGAUGAGGGACAUCGAGGGUGCCAAGAACGUCACCACCGCCACCGGUACUCCACUGCACGCGCGGUGUACAAAACAGUUGUUGACAACGCAAGCAGGAAGCACCUUCCUGUACAGUGCGCUGUUUUUCUCGGGCCGUACCGAGUCGAAAUGCUCUACACCGCGCAUUCGGCGAAGCGGCACCUGUUUCGAUGCUAUGUUGCUUGCCUGA